AAAAGCCAGCAUUCAGCUGUCCCAACCCCCCAACACGUCUAAGAAAUCCAAUACUCUUCUCUCUCUCUCUCUCUCUCCUUCCUCCCUCCCUCCCUCCCUCCCUUCGUCGUAGUUUCCUCGAGAUCAGAGUCCUGAAAUCGAUACUUUUUGGUCAAUCAACCAAUCGAUCUCUGGCUUCUUAAGUUCUUCUGAAUUCAAAAUUUUUGAGAAGAUCGGGAGUUUCAUAGUAUCGGAUUAACAAUGUUUACUCGGAUUUUUGGCAAACCUAAGCAAGAGGCCAAUGCUCUUGCAACGUUAGAUAAGUUAAACGAGACACUUGAAAUGCUGGAGAAGAAGGAGAACGUACUUCAAAAGAAGGCUUCUGCAGAGAUUGAAAAGGCCAAGGAGUUUACAAGGGCGAAGAAUAAGAAGGCGGCUAUACAAUGUUUGAAGAGGAAGAGGCUUUAUGAACAGCAAAUUGAGAAUCUUGGUAAUUUCCAAUUGCGCAUCCAUGAUCAGAUGAUAAUGUUAGAAGGUGCAAAAGCUACAACAGAAACAGUCGAGGCACUGAGAACUGGCUCAGCUGCAAUGAAGGCGAUGCAGAAAGCAACGAAUAUUGAUGAUGUCGACAAGACAAUGGAUGAAAUAAGUGAACAAACUGAGAACAUGAGACAGAUACAAGAAGCAUUGGCCACUCCCAUUGGUUCCGCUGCUGAUUUUGAUGAGGAUGAAUUGGAGGCAGAGCUUGAAGAAUUGGAAGGUGCUGAGUUGGAAGAAGAGCUCCUUCAGCCUGCAACGACCACUCCUGUGGCUCCAGUGCAGGUCCCAGCAGGCAGGCAACCAGCACACCCAGCUCCUCAGAGGCGUACAGCCGAGGAAGAUGAACUUGCUGCAUUACAGGCAGAAAUGGCACUUUGAGCAGGUCCUUUUUUCUUUCUUUAAUUGGUAUUCAACAUUCUGUCAGCAUUGCCUCUAUGCUAUAUUGGAUUUAUGAGUGCAGAAAUUGAUUAGUUUGGUCUUUGGAAUCAUCAUCAAGAAUUAUUGGUUCCAAUUUUGUAAAUAAUUUGACUUCGUUUUUCUCAAGUUAUUAGAAGGAAUGAAAUCUCUUGUGUGAAGUUGGGACUCUUGCUGCAUUGAUACUUCCCUUUGUUUUGAAGUAAAAUGGUUAAUGUGAAAACCUUUUUUCCUUGUAGAAAUGAUUUUCCUUCUAAAUUCCUGGGUUGAUGUUUGGAAAAUAAUUUCCUUCACUG